AUGCCGACGCCACGCCUAGCAAAAUCUUGCGCCGGUGGGCCCACGGCAGAACCGUGCUCGACUCGAACAACGCCUUGUCCAAGCUCCCGUUGCGCAUCAUGUCGUAAACGAGCAAAAUCUCGCCCUUCUCGUGGCACCAUCCGUGGAGGCGGACGAGGUUCCGCGCUUGACCGCCACUGUGGUGGCGGUGCGGCCGCUGGUGGGCGGCAAGGUGCCACGGUACACGGUGCCGAAGGCACCGUGGCCGAUGACUCGGCGAAGGCGAAGAACGCGAGGAAAAACGCGCUUGCCGUCACGACGCCGGCGAUGGUUCCCGACCGGAGGACCUUUUUCUCGUCGUGCGGCGGCGUUGGGUUUGCGAUUUGGGCUUGUGGCGCAGGGGAAGGCGUGUUCAGGCCGGCUGGGUUCGAGUGGGCCGGGUUCGGGCUCAACGACGAUUUGAAGCUCCACCAUUGGAUCGUGUGGCCCUCCGUGCUGCCUUGGGUCGACGCGGAGAAGCCCACGUAG